AUGGACCAAAACAAUGAACACUUCAACAAACCAAUAGACAUCUCAGAACUACUUGCUGCACUUCAAAGCUGUAAAAGCAAAAGCCCCGGCCCUGAAUCAACCAAACUACUUACCAAAGAACAAUGUGGCUUCAGAAGAAACCACUCAACAUUAGAUGCAUUAACUUCAUUACACACUGAUAUUUGCUCAGCGUUCAGACGUAAUCAUCAUCUCAUCACAAUAGCCUUGGACAUAACAAAUGCAUACGACACUGUAUGGAAAAAAAGAGUAUUGACAAUUCUCCAUUUACGGAAAAUAAACGGCAACCUCCUCAAAUUCAUAAAAAACUUCUUAGCAGACCGAACAUUUAGUGUCAAAGUCAACGACAAGACCUCAUCAACACACACCAUUGAAAAUGAACUUCCACAAGGGUCUAUACUUAGUGUCACUCUCUUCCUGGUAGCAAUAAACAACAUAUGCAAUAACCUACCUAAACCAGCCAAAUUCAUUCUCUUUGCCGAUGACUGCAUCAUAUAUUGCAGUAGAUCACAAAUUAUAACUACUACUCUUUUCCUCCAACAAGCACUCGAUUCUCUUGCCAGGUGGUCUUCUGAAACUGGUCUCAGUUUCUCUUCCACCAAAACACAGUGUAUUGUUUUCAUUAAAAAGAAGAAGGACCCCCUACCAAUAUUAAAUUUAAUGAAUACACAAUUUCCUUUUGCAAAUAGUAUUCGAAUUGUGGGCCUCAUCUUUGACCACAAACUCACUUGGAGACCUCACUUAAAAAUUAAAAACGGAAUGCCAAUCAAGAACUAA